AUGUACGAAGCAGGAGGCACCAUCUUUUGGGCGGAUGUGGCAGGGUCAAUGGACCCGGGGGAAGAGCUGGCCUUGGAGGAAGUGUCAUGGAAAGAAAUCUUUGACGUGGAGGAGAAGAUGAUGCCAUCCAUCGACAAGCCGCUCUACUUCAAGAACCCCUUCCCUGUCUAUGAUGUGAGUGCGAAUCUGGCUCACAAAGACACCUGGCCCGCUGGCUUGCGCCUCAUGCGGGGCCACCUGCCCCUCCUGGCGUGGUACAUGGCCAUGGCAAGGGCCCUUGUCCAGAACGAUGAGAAGAGAGUGAACCAGCUCUUCAACAUGGGGAUGACUUUGACACUCAGAGCCUACACUCUGAAAGGGCAAGAACUGCUGCUCAAGUCGCUCAUUGAGAGUGAAAGUGUCAAAAUCCCCGAGCUGGCGGAUUCAUUUCAAGACUUCUCGUACAAGGUCAUGAGAAUCCAGACCAAGUACAUCUCUGAGGGUGAAGAGAUCAAACAGAGCCAGCUCCUGAACUUGCUCCAGGCUGAUGGCGUGAGGUUCAAUGGUGCCAGUGUGAACAAGACAAUGCUGCAGGGCGCCAUUGCAGUGGCGACGACCCUCGACCCCGUCGACGGCGUGAAGAUCUUGACCAGGAUCCAUCGUGAGCAUGGCCGAGAUAUCCUGUCCAAUGGCUACGCCAAGCUUGCAAGGGUGACCCAGAUCGCGUCCAAGCAGGCCACCUUGUACUCUCAGCGCAGUGUGACAGAUGACAGCGUGCAAGACUUGGGCCGCUCCCUGCUUCAGUACACGCUGGAGUCGCUUUACAUUGCUCUCAAGCGUGAGCAGUGUGAGCCGUCGUUACUCGGCCAAUGA